AUGGGAUACAAACAAGAGUUGAAGCAUCCCUUCUUUGUUCUUGUAUGGUUUGGUGUGUCACAUACAGUACCCUUCAUCCUUUCCAAUGAGAGUAAAUGUGGAACGUGUAUACAGAAUACAGGAGGCCCGGCGGUCAUGGUAUGGGGCUGGGUGAUUGUUGCAUGUGCCACGAUGCUUGUAGGACUUGCUAUGGCAGAGGUCUGUAGUGCGCAUCCUACCAGUGGUGGUCCCUACUACUGGGCUGCUAUGUUGUCUGAACCGGGCAACGCUCCACUUGCAUCUUGGAUCACCGGCUGGUUUAACUUGUUGGGCCAAGUUGCAGUCACGACAGGGAUAAGCUUUGGUUGCGCGAAUUUCCUUUCCACCGUGUGUACGUUUAACACAUCAUUCAUACCAACCUCGAGGACUACCAUGGGUGUCUAUGCCGCAAUUUUGGUUAGCCAAGGUCUAAUCAAUACAUUCGGCGUCCACCUCCUAAAGUACCUCAACAAUAUCUCAGUUUGGUGGCAUGCUGCUGGAACCACGUCCUUGGUCAUAGCCAUACUUGCUCGCGCUCCAUCGCAUCAGUCGGCUGAGUUCGUGUUCAGCACGUUCAUUGACAAUACAGGAGUUUCUGGCAGUGAGGGGUGGGGUACUAGGGCAAGCCAUGCAUAUGUUUGUGUCAUCGGCAUACUCAUGGCUCAGUACACACUGACUGGUUUCGACGCUAGUGCUCAUAUGACUGAAGAAACCCACAAUGCUGCUAUGGCAGGAUCGAUUGGUAUUGUAAUGGCUAUAGGAGUGUCAGCUGUCCUUGGGUGGUUCCUCAUUCUCGGGCUAUUGUUUAGCAUCCAAGAUUUGGAUAAUACCGUCGCCUCCUCCACCGGACAGCCAGUCGCUCAGAUUUUUUUAGAUACUGUCGGGAACCGUGGAGCAAUUGUUCUCAUGGUCAUAGUUAUCGGAGCGAUGUAUUUCUGCGGUACUUUUUCGAUCACUUCCAAUUCUCGCAUGAUGUUUGCGUUUGCUCGCGACGGGGGCAUACCAGGACAUGAAUUCUUUCGCAAGGUGGACUCGAAGCGUGGUACCCCUGUCAGAACAGUAUGGCUUGCGUGCCUCCUCAGCUUCAUAUUGGGCCUUCCCAGUCUUGGGAGUGCUGUCGCAUUCUCUGCUGCGACUAGCAUCGCAACAAUUGGAUUGUAUAUAUCCUACGCUAUACCCAUCGCUCUUCGCGUAGUUUACCGAAAGCGUUUCGUGCGAGGUCCAUUCCACCUCGGCGCCUUUUCGAUACCCAUUGCCGUCGCGGCAGUUACAUGGAUUGCGUUCAUCGCUAUUGUAUUCCUUCUUCCUCAAGCCAAUCCCGUCGACUCUCAGACGCUGAAUUAUGCCGCGGUUGCUGUCGGAAUUGUGAUCAUAUACAGCGUUGGAUUUUGGAUACUUAGUGCUCGCAAGUGGUUCGGCGGUCCUGUCAGCCAGAUACAUGUUACCGUCGACUGGAACGAACUGCCAAGCCUGGUUGUCAUAGAAGCUGACGGGAGGGGAGAGGAUGAUCUGCGCUCUUGA